AUGCUUGAUUAGGAGGAUUAGGUGGUUUUUAAGGAAAUCAUAUAGGUUUUUAGAUUAUUUUUUGGAACCAGUAUCAAAUUGACAGCUCUUUUAAAUUAGAUAUAAGAAGAGAGGAACUUAAAUGCUAAAAUGAAAAAUUUAAUAAAUUUGGCAGUGGAAGUGAAGAGGAGAAAAUACUCCUAGAAAAAGAAUUCCCUAUCUUUAUAAAACAAGUAUUUAUUGAACUAAAGAAAUAAAAAAGAAGAAGAAAAAAUAUUGUUUUUCAAUAAGACCUAUUGUUAUUUAUAUAUAAUAAUUAUACCUUGA